CAGCACCGAAAGGGAGUUAGAGAGUAACCGGCAAAGAAGGACGAAUAGCUUUACCGUCUGUCCAGCAACAUACGUUUUGUAGUCAUAGAAAAAAUUAUAGUAAUUUAGGUAUAAAAUGCCGCUUUGACUGUGAUAUUGUGAACGAUUCUAGGUGCACUUGAGUCGUACAAAAACUCCGUGGUAGUAGCUAAAAAAAAUCUGACUCUUGGACUCUCUUUUUUUCCCAAUUUUUCCAAGAGUUUGGUUACUUUUCAUCUGGGAGCUAUUACAGAGGUCCGCCAAACGUCAAAGGACAACCGAAUGAAGCGCAGUGCAAGCUGACCCUAACUGGCCUACGUUAUCAGCCCAAGUAGGAGAGGGCGAGGAGCAGACUGGAGCCGGCUAGAUCCGGGCAGAGACCUCAUGAAUGGAAAUCGGCACUUCAGGAGCCGUUGGGGCUGUGCCCCUCUUCCCUGUGCCCCGGAGACCUGGCUGCGGCACCAUGGGGAAACCUAUCAAACUGCUGGCCAACUGCUUCCAAGUGGACAUCCCCAAGAUGGACGUCUACCUGUACGAAGUGGACAUCAGGCCUGAGCGAUGCCCACGCCGCGUCAACAGGGAGGUUGUGGACUCCAUGGUACAGCAUUUUAAGGUGACCAUCUUUGGGGACAUAAAACCGGUGUAUGAUGGCAAAAGAAGUCUCUACACUGCACACCCUCUCCCAGUGGCUGCAGGAGGGGUGGACCUCGAUGUGACGUUACCUGGCGAGGGCGGCAAAGACCGACCCUUCAAAGUCUCUAUCAAGUUUGUGUCACCGGUCAGCUGGCACAUGUUACACGAGGUGCUCACAGGCCGGAGUGUGCCUGAGCCCAUGGAGCUAGAUAAGCCCAUCAGUACCAACCCUGUCCACGCUGUGGACGUGGUCCUGAGGCACCUCCCUUCCAUGAGGUACACCCCUGUAGGACGAUCCUUCUUCUCCUCCCCAGAGGGCUAUGACCACCCACUCGGUGGGGGCAGGGAGGUGUGGUUCGGUUUCCACCAGUCAGUGCGACCAGCUAUGUGGAAAAUGAUCCUCAAUAUAGACGUGUCCGCUACGGCGUUCUACAAAGCCCAGCCUGUAAUUCAGUUCAUGUGUGAGGUUCUGGACAUCCACAACAUCGACGAACAGCCGCGCCCUCUCACGGACUCCCACCGAGUCAAAUUCACCAAAGAAAUCAAAGGUCUGAAAGUGGAGGUGACCCACUGUGGUACCAUGAGGAGGAAAUACAGGGUCUGUAACGUCACCCGCCGGCCUGCCAGCCACCAGACGUUCCCACUGCAAUUGGAAAAUGGCCAGACCGUGGAGAGGACGGUGGCACAAUACUUCCGAGAGAAAUACAACCUUCAGCUCAAAUAUCCCCAUCUGCCAUGCCUGCAGGUGGGCCAAGAGCAGAAGCACACUUACCUUCCCUUGGAGGUGUGUAAUGUUGUAGCUGGUCAACGUUGCAUUAAGAAGCUGACCGACAACCAGACGUCCACCAUGAUCAAAGCCACAGCUCGCUCGGCACCGGACAGGCAGGAAGAGAUCAGCAGAUUGGUGCGCGGCGCGAGCUACGAGGCAGAUCCGUUCGUGCAGGAGUUCCAGUUCCGCGUGCGAGAUGAAAUGGCCGAGGUGACGGGCCGCGUGCUGCCCGCGCCCAUGCUGCAGUACGGCGGCAGGGUGAGCUCUGAAAACUUCCUGAAUCGUACAGUAGCAACUCCAAGCCAUGGCGUCUGGGACAUGAGAGGGAAGCAAUUCCACACUGGCAUCGAGAUCAAAAUGUGGGCCAUCGCCUGCUUUGCAACCCAGAGACAGUGUCGAGAGGAGAUCCUCAAGAGCUUCACUGACCAGCUGAGGAAGAUCUCGAAGGAUGCGGGCAUGCCCAUCCAGGGCCAGCCAUGCUUCUGCAAGUACGCACAGGGAGCCGACAGUGUGGAGCCCAUGUUCCGACACCUGAAGAACACCUACGCUGGCCUGCAGCUUGUCAUCGUCAUCCUGCCUGGGAAAACACCCGUCUAUGCGGAGGUGAAGCGUGUAGGAGACACCCUCCUGGGGAUGGCCACGCAGUGUGUGCAGGUGAAGAACGUGGUGAAGACCUCGCCGCAGACCCUCUCCAACCUCUGCCUCAAAAUCAACGUCAAACUGGGCGGUAUCAACAAUGUCCUUGUCCCUCACCAACGUCCAUCUGUUUUCCAGCAGCCAGUCAUCUUCCUGGGAGCUGAUGUCACUCACCCUCCUGCUGGAGAUGGCAAGAAGCCUUCGAUAGCUGCAGUUGUAGGCAGUAUGGAUGGCCACCCGAGUCGGUACUGUGCUACGGUGCGGGUUCAGAGGCCCAGACAGGAGAUCAUCCAGGACCUGGCUUCCAUGGUUCGAGAGCUACUCAUCCAGUUCUACAAGUCCACCCGCUACAAACCCACCCGCCUCAUCUUCUACAGGGACGGUGUCUCCGAGGGACAGUUCCGCCAGGUGCUGUACUAUGAGCUGCUGGCAAUCCGUGAGGCAUGUAUUAGUCUGGAGAGAGAGUACCAGCCUGGAAUCACCUUCAUCGUUGUCCAGAAACGCCACCACACGCGCCUCUUCUGUGCCGACCGCAAUGAGAGGGUUGGACGGAGCGGUAACAUUCCUGCUGGUACCACUGUGGACACCGACAUCACCCAUCCCUAUGAGUUUGACUUUUACCUCUGCAGCCAUGCUGGAAUUCAGGGUACGAGCCGGCCGUCCCACUACCACGUGCUGUGGGACGACAACUGCUUCACGGCAGACGAGUUCCAGCUUCUCACCUACCAGCUGUGCCACACAUACGUGCGCUGCACCCGCUCCGUCUCCAUCCCAGCGCCCGCCUACUACGCCCACCUGGUGGCCUUCCGCGCCCGCUACCACCUGGUGGACAAGGAGCACGAUAGUGCUGAGGGAAGUCAUGUGUCUGGGCAGAGCAAUGGCAGGGACCCACAGGCUCUGGCCAAAGCCGUGCAGAUUCACCACGACACCAUGAGGACCAUGUACUUCGCCUGAUCCCUCCCCUGCUGUCACUCUCACGCACUGAGCUGGGGAAGACUCCUCCCAAUCACACUGGCAAACUGCCCUGCUGCUAAAACCAACCAAAAGUAACUAAAUACCAUGGGAGGGACAGGAUUAAUAUCGUUAUGCAGUUUAGAAGAAAAAGGCAGUCUUUAAAUAUCCCACUCCUUCCCCUUUCAGCUGGUUCUUGUUUUGAUGAGUGAAUCCUUAGAAAGCAGUUAUGUACUGUUACUUAUUAGCACUGAGUUUGUUUCGGUCUGUCUCUUUAACGUCAUGGAGCCUGUCUUAAUGCUAAGUAAGAUGAAACUAGGUAAUUAAAGUAAUUAGUCUGCCCAAGGAUGAAUGCUAUAAUUUAAGGUUAUGUGGUUUCAGAGUAGUUGGCUUGUCAAGCUCACUGGAAGAACACCACUAGAGGGCAGUAUUGCACAUUGGCGCACGACCUGUACCUGCUUACAAACAUAGCCCUUUUAGAUAACGCUGGUCUCAGUAAUGAUGAUGUGAUUUAAACUCAGAUUGCUCGGUUUUUGCCAAAGGAUAUCACUGCACUUUGCUGUGGCCAACGAGAAACAUCAUGCUGGCCUUUUGACAUGCAGUAUGUCUUGUUCUCUGACCCCGUUUGGCACUGCACAGUGGGAUUGUUUUUAACAUCAGGCAUCGUGGGGACCCGAUCCUUGAUCUUUGAGCCUGUGCUCUGAGACACCUGAUAUGGGUAAUGCUUAGAGACUUUGUGUCUCAGCGUUUCUACCCACACACAUCAUGAAAUUAGGCCUGGAGGUCACCCUGACACCCUGUGUCGGGGUGUAUGUGCACGUGUGGGUGGUGCCUGGAGAAUAUUUUUGUUGCCAUUUUGUUUUGUUUUUUCCUUCUUUCUCCCUCCAUUUUUGAGCAUGCAGAGAGUUACACAUUAGCUAAGAACUGCAGACUCACCUAAUGAACAACCUGAGAACAUCCGUUAAACUCAACCCAAGGGAGGAGGAGGGGUGUCCAUUUCUGGCAUGAAUGCUGGGUUCUCUACACCUGCUACAGAGAGGGGGUAACACCCAUCUUGGCUGAUUUGAAAGACUCCAGCCGGCUCCUCAUGGUCCUCUGGAAGAUCUCCUGCACCUCGUCCUCGCUCUGGUUGAUGCUGAAGUUACUUCGGCUGUACUUGUGACGGUGCUGUGGAGAGAGACCAGCUUAAUGCUUUAUGGAAUUGUGAUUUCUAGGGACCCAAACUUUUUUCAGUUGAUAGAUUGAACCUUGCAUGUGUGAGCAAAAGAGAGUUCAUACAUUUUUCCUGCUCCUAUAAAGAUGUUGCUGCAGUA